ACACUCUUCUCUCUCCUAUCUCUUUCUCUCUCUUCUCAUAUUUCUUCCUUUCAAAAUUUUAAAAAAACCCUGCAUGUCUUGAUCACAACCCAGUAUUUAUUUCCCCACACCCACAUGGGUAAAACUCUAGAAAACACACAACCCAAUUAGUGUGUAGUUUAUUAGCUCAUGCCUGGAAGUUGUAGCUGUCAGAACAUAAAACCAAGGAAUAGAAGCUAAGAGAGAGGGGGAGAGAGAUAGAGAAUAGAAGGGUUUUGUUAUUUUGGGGUUUUGAAGCAUUGGAAAUGGUGGGAGAGUGAUUUGGGUUUCAUAGAAUGGUUAUACUGUGUUGGAUGGAUAUGGUGGGAGGUGUGCUACUAAGGGCAAAUACUGAAAAUAAUUGGAGUUACUUCGAUGGCAGAAGAAGACAACACAAAUGUACACAAACAGAAACAGUUUUGUUAGAAGAAACACAACACACAAAUUCCAUUAAAGUGGAUUCUAGUUCUUGCAAGAUCUCCCCAAUCAUUUCGAUUUUUGUUUUCUUUCUCUUUCUUAGUUCUUCCAUUUGUCCGGUCCUGUCAGCAGAAUCUGACAAUCACCAUCAAGCAAAUCAGACUUUCCGGCCAGGAGAAGAAUUACAGAAGUUGAAAAUGAUUAGAGCUCAUCUCAUGAAGAUCAAUAAGCCUGCUCUCAGGACAAUUCAGAGUCCAGAUGGUGAUCUGAUAGAUUGUGUUUUAUCCCAUCAACAACCAGCUUUUGAUCAUCCUCAAUUAAAGGGACAAAAGCCAUUGGAUCCACCAGUGAGACCAAAAGGCCAUAACCCAACUGGCAUGGUAUCGGAAAAUUUUCAGAUGUGGAGCAUCUCCGGUGAAUCAUGUCCAGAGGGAACAAUUCCAAUCAGAAGAACAACUGAACAAGAUGUUCUGAGAGCAAGUUCUAUGAGAAGAUUUGGGAGGAAAAUAAGAAGACCCAUUCGACGAGACUCUUCUAGCAAUGGCCAUGAGCAUGCAGUUGGGUAUGUAACUGGAGAUCAAUACUAUGGAGCAAAAGGCAGCAUAAAUGUGUGGUCACCACGAGUGGCUAAUCAGUACGAAUUCAGCUUAUCACAGAUGUGGGUCAUCUCUGGUUCAUUUGGUGAUGAUCUUAACACCAUUGAAGCUGGUUGGCAGGUUAGUCCUGAGCUGUAUGGGGACAACUAUCCUAGGUUCUUCACAUAUUGGACAACUGAUGCAUAUCAAGCCACUGGAUGUUAUAAUUUGCUAUGCUCAGGCUUUGUUCAGACAAACAACAGAGUAGCAAUUGGGGCUGCAAUAUCUCCCACUUCAUCAUACAAUGGUGGACAGUUUGAUAUCAGCUUAUUAGUUUGGAAGGAUCCGAAGCAUGGAAAUUGGUGGCUAGAAUUUGGAUCCGGAAUUCUAGUCGGGUAUUGGCCAUCUUUCUUAUUUACUCACCUAAGGAAUCAUGCAAGCAUGGUGCAAUUUGGAGGCGAAAUUGUGAAUAGUCAUCAAUCGGGUUCCCACACUCCGACCCAAAUGGGUAGUGGGCAUUUUGCAGGAGAAGGUUUUGGAAAAGCAGCUUAUUUUCGAAAUUUGCAGGUUGUGGAUUGGGAUAAUAGCUUAAUUCCAUUAUCAAACCUCCGGGUUUUAGCGGAUCACCCGAAUUGCUACGAUAUUCAAGGAGGAAUUAAUCGGGUUUGGGGGAAUUAUUUUUAUUAUGGAGGACCCGGAAGAAAUGCAAGAUGUCCCUAAAGGGAAGUAGGUACAUGGGGUGAUUUUUUUUUUUUUUUUCCCUU